AUGGGAGAGGAGUUCAUCAGGGAGCUGCUGAAUUUGUGUUUACACCGACUCGCUUUAGAGCAAAACACACACUCUGAGCUCGAGCUUAUUGAGGUGGUGAGAAACUUCGAGGCGGUCAGGAAGAAAUGGCUCCACGCCGAACUCGAGCUGAAGAAAUACAAAGAGCUGCUGGUGAAAUCAGACGUGGCCCGAGCCGCCCUGGAGGUCAAACUCAAACAUGCCCGCAAUCAGGUGGACGUGGAGAUCAAAAAACGUUUUAAAGUUGAGGCGGACUAUCAGUACUUGGAACGCCAGAUGCUACUGAUGACCGAAAUCCUUGCUCAGGAUGGCAAAUCAAGUUCCUGCCUUAAUGAGGAACAGAGAAACAUGCUGGCAAACUUCCAUCACCAAGGAGCUAACGUCAUACAGCACAGAAACAAACGGUUGUCUGUGAUCGACGAGUCGUCUUUCCUGUCUCAUUCAGACAUCAGCUAUGACAGGACUGAUGAUGACCUGGUAGGUUCAGGUGACCACAAACAGGAUUUUGACAGUACGGCUGUUGUGAAGCCUCUGAAGUCGAGAUCUCGGGAGAAAAGACGUUCGUCGAUGGGGCCAAGUGUCGGAUUUCCGAUCCAGAAACGUGGGCGACUCAGUGGACGUUCUGGAGACCUGCUCAGUGCGAGACCACCAGAGAAGGAAGUGGAGGCGACAGUGGUUACGGCAUCAGUCACUACCCCUGAUAAUGGCGGUCAGCUCCACAUGGUGAUUGACAUCACUCAGGAAACACCGGAGCCCAUCAGAACCCCCCGAGCUGAUCUCCUGCCGUCUGUGAGCGAGCAGACAUCAGUGUGGGCUCAGUCUGAAAUCACUGAGGUUGACAUGGUGAUUACGCAGAUGGAAGAGACCAGUGCAGAACCCGAAGUUCCUCCAUCUUUCAAUCCCAUUGUGGACGCUAACGUCCAGCAGAAUAUUGUCCAGCAUGUCUUCCAGCCCAAAACUGUGAUCCGUCCCGAGACCUGCACUCCCUGUAAGAAAAGGAUCCGUUUUGGGAAAGUGGCGAUGAAGUGCAGGGACUGCCGUGUGAUCGCUCAUCCCGAGUGUAAACACCUGUGUGUGGAAAAAUGUUUCCAGAAUACACAGAGAACUGCCCAGCCGAAUGAGGGGGCGUUGGAGAGUUUUUGUCCCUCCACUCCACCCCGGAUCCCAGCCCUGAUCAUUCAGUGUGUUGAAGAAAUUGAGCGACGUGGCCUUCAGGAGAAGGGGCUGUACCGUGUCCCGGGAGGAGAGCGGGCGGUGAAGGAGUUACGGGAGCGGUACCUCAGUGCUAAAGGUCCUCUCCUGCUGCACCGUGUGGAUGAGGUUCACGUGGUCUGUGGCCUCCUGAAGGACUUCCUGAGGAAACUCCGAGAGCCACUAGUCACCUUCAAACUCCACAAAACCUUCAUGGAGGCAGCAGAGUUGUCAGAUGAUGAUAACAGCUCAGCGAUGAUGAUUCAGGCCAUCGGAGAACUUCCACAGCCGAACAGGGAGACUCUCGCCUUCCUGAUCCUGCAUCUACAGAGAGUGACUCAGAGUCCUCCGUGUCAGAUGGAUCAGAAUAAUCUGGCUCGUGUUUUUGGACCCACCAUUAUCGGGCACGGCAUGUCUGAGCCGUCUCCGCUUACCAUCAUGAGGGACACCAACACGCAACCCAAAGUGGUGUUGCGGCUGCUCUCUCUCCCGGCUGAUUACUGGAACAGCCUCCUUACUGCAGAGAGAGAUCAGCCCAGAUCUCUCUCACACCCGGUGAGAGAUCAGCCCAGAUCUCACACGCCCAUGGACCGAGAUCAGCUGAUCUCUUCAGUAAUCUGGUCCAACAUCGGCAGCUCCUCUCCAUCCACAGACCGAGAUCGGAUGUUCAAACCAGUUACCUCUCCUGAGCUGGCCAAGUACAGCACGACUCCAGGCAGCUCUUCCAUCAAGGGCAAGAUCAAGAUCCUGGGCAGUGCUUUCAACAACCCAAUCCUGCUGUAUUCCAGAACCAAACCAAAACCUGAACCAUCGAAAAAGAAGUUCUUUACAUCGCCAAAGUGA